AUGAUUUUAGCCAAUACGGAUUUGUAUGAGAAUCAUUUUAAUUUAUCAAAUAUAAUGAUAUUUUCUGGUACCACUAUUGUAACAUGCGAUAUUCAUGGAGAAAUUCAAAGAGACUCCCUACCGGUUGCCCACAUCGUCUUACUGGAAAGAAUAGCGAUUUUGAUGAAUUUUGUUAUAGGAGACAUAAAAAAAAGAGCCAUUAAACUAGAAGCUACUGAUAUAAAGCAGCUUCUUAUGACUUAUGUUGAGCUUCCUCCUAGACUGUUAAAUUCUACAUUUUUAUAUAGGGAAAUUAGAGGGAUAUUUUCUGAACCAAGGAAAGCACUGAUAAAAACUAUUAGCACUCAAGUGGAUAGUCUAAGUGACGUGGAUAUCAUUAAUCUGUUCCCAUUUGUCUAUAGAGACGUUGGAAACAAGAUGCUCUUGGCUAAAUUUUUGAAGCGUGUCGAGGAGAUUUUUUCGGGGAAAAUUCCAGACAUGACUCUUGAAAGCUUUGUAAUGUUGAUUAAGGCAGCAGGUGAAUUAUCCUUUUCAAACCAUGUUUCAAAAACACUUGAGCAAAAGCUUAUUAAUAUAAGAUCUAAAAUGAGGUUUCCUGCAGAUACUUUAACUGAAGGAUCAGUUUUUGGACAAAAAGAAGAUGGUUUGAUCUAA